AUGCCCUCUUGGCCCAAUCUCUCGCUGUGCCUCUCCCAUAACUGCAGCUGGGAGGAGACCCACAACGCCACAAGGAACGCUGACCUUGGCCUGCCUCCUCUUAAUUACUACUCAAUCCCUCUCCUCACUGUCAUCACCGUCGCCUGCACGCUGCUGUUUCUGAUCGGGGUGACCGGGAACGUCAUGACCAUCUUGGUGGUCAGUAAGUACCGGGACAUGCGCACUACCACUAACCUGUACCUGUGUAGCAUGGCCGUGUCAGACCUGUUCAUCUUCCUCUGUAUGCCACUGGACCUUUACCGGAUGUGGAGGUACAGGCCCUGGCGGUUUGGGGCCGCGCUCUGCAAGCUCUUUCAGUUCGUGUCAGAGUCAUGCACCUACUCCACCAUCCUGAGCAUCACUGCGCUCUCAGUGGAGCGCUACUUGGCCAUUUGUUUCCCGCUGCGUGCCAAGGCCCUGGUUACCAAAAGGCGGGUGCGCGCCCUCAUUCUGCUACUCUGGACAGUGUCUCUGCUGAGCGCCGGGCCUGUGUUUGUCAUGGUGGGAGUGGAGCGUGACAGUAUGUGGCCAGAUUACAGCUCGGGAAUGAAUGAGACUGGCUUCUCCCCGGAGGAAACGGACACCCGGGAGUGUAAAAUGACGCAUUACGCAGUGGAGUCGGGCCUGAUGGGGGCCAUGGUGUGGUUAAGCUCUGUGUUCUUCUUCAUGCCGGUCUUCUGUCUCACAGUGCUCUACAGCCUCAUAGGCCGCAGGCUGUGGCAGAGGCACAGAGAGACAAACAUCAGCUCCCGUGUGGCUCACCGGGAUAAAAGCAACAGGCAGACCAUCAAGAUGCUGGUGGUGGUGGUCCUGGCCUUCGUCCUAUGCUGGUUGCCGUUCCAUGUGGGUCGCUACCUGCAGUUCCGCUUUCUGGACGCACCGUCCCCGCUGCUGUCUGUGUUGUCCGAGUACUGCAGUUUGGUGUCCGUGGUUCUCUUCUACCUGAGCGCCGCCAUCAACCCCAUCCUCUACAACACCAUGUCCUGGAAGUACAGGGGCGCAGCGGCGCGCCUCUUCGGCCUGACCGACAGUCAGCCUACAAGAGGCCGCACAGCCAGCACCAUGAAGGGAGACGGCUCAAACGGCUGGACGGAAUCCACAGUCAGCUUCUAA